AUGCUCAUGAUGUUCAUGUCCCCAGCAGUAAUCACAGAACCAUUUGGUGUGGAUCAUACGACCUUUGAUCACGACCGUGAGGUGGAAGCGGCAGAGAAUUUGGAAGGAGUGUAUGGCGGAGCAAAUGUCGAUGGCGAAGUAAAUCUCGAUGACGGAGCGAAGGUCGAGGACGAGGCGAAGAUCGAAGACGAAGCGAAGAUCGAUGACGAAGCGAAGAUCGAUGACGAAGUAAAGGUCGGUGACGAAGAAGUCUGUGAGUAG